UCAAAAUAAUGCUUAAUCCCAAACAAGAAUCAUUAUUUAUUUAUUAUUUAAUAAAUACUCACAAUAAACACUCAUCAUCAUACAAAAAAGUAUAAAUCAUUGUGUUUACUAUAUUUGCUAACUGUUUGUACUUGACAUUAGUCUAAAAUGGGGAAAGGUUUUAAUAAUUACAUGUGUAAAAAGUUCUUUCAUCCAGCGUCAAGAGAUAAUUUAAAACGAGUAUGGAUGGCAGAACAAAAAUCGGAUAAAGAUAAAAAACGUCAAGAAGAACUACGUUUACAGUAUGAAAAAGAACAAGAUCUUUAUAAUAACAAGGCAUUGUUGUCAAAAGAAAGCAAAGAUAAGUUAAGUGUAAAUUUCAUGUAUGAACCACCACCGGGUGCCAAAAAAGAAAGGGAACGUGAAGACAAUGAGCCAGAAUAUAAAUUUGAAUGGCAAAGAAAAUUUAAUGCCCCCAGAGAAGAUUAUUGCAAAGGGGAUCAAGAAAUUCGUGACCAGCCAUUUGGUAUUCAAGUAAGGAACGUCAGAUGUAUAAAAUGCCACAAAUGGGGUCAUAUUAAUACUGACAAAGAAUGCUCCUUAUUCAACCAAGCAAGCAUAUCUGAAGCUGUAACAAGUAAUGCAACAAAUGGUUCUAGUGCCAAUAAAAAAACACAAGAAUUAAUAAAACAAAUGCGAGAAGAUGGUUUGGAAUUGAAAAAAAGUGCUGCUUCUACCCAACAACAAAUAUCAUUUAAUAAUAACGAGGAUAGCGAUACAGAGCUCUUUAUGUAUGUUAGAACAUUAAGUAGAAGGAAAAAAAUGAAAUUACUCAAACGUUUGGAUAGAAUGGACAAAAUUAUGAUGAGAGAACAAAGGUUGAUAUCAAAAAAAGAAAAGCUUUCUAAGAAACAAAAAAAAAAUAAAAAAGAAAGCAGCGACUCUUCAGAUUAAAUUAGUUGAAAUUUUAUGAUUUUUUUUACCUAUUUACUGUGCAUAAAUAUAUGCAUUAUAGUACUACAUUAAGGUACACGAUUCUAAAAUGGUUCAGAACCUUCAUGUUCAAAAUUUCUGUACAAUAUAUGUAACUCAUUUUUCAAUUCCAUCCUAACCUAAUGUAACCGAGAAUCCGUUCUUCUUUUCUCAAUGUCAUUUAGUCAUAUUCACUUUCCACAUUAUCCAAAUUUCUGUAAGACAACAGAAUAUUAUUAUAUUGUCAACAAAUUUGGGAUCUAUCAAAUUAGUGGUAUUUAAUAAUUGAUUAUCAAUUUGCUAGUAGGUCCACCAAAAGUACAUCCUACAGUGGAUAUAGUUUUGGACAGUGAACAGACGAUAGUUAAAAAUUUCAUGAGUCAUUAAGUCUGCACUGUUGGUAUGGCCUCAAUAGAUUUAUGUGAAGGGUAAUGUCUUAUCACCAAAAAAAAUAUAAGGCUAUGGCAAACUUUGUGAAAUUAAGUAAACUUGUGGGAUCAGGAAUAUUAAGGAAGUUUGAAUUCAACUUUUUCCCUUUAGUUAUUAUAUUUUAUAUUUAUUAAAAAAACAUGUUGUUAUUUUUAGGACAACUAGUAAUAUAGUUGAAGAGGGAAUAGAUGUAUGCAUCAACUUUUCUCUAAUAAUAGUUGUAUUAAAAAUGUUACAGAAUGUGAGCUAUAUACAUCUGCAAGUGCAAGUUGCAAUUCCUAAACAUUCAUCUUCACCAAACCAUAAUAGAAAAAAAUAAAAAAAUAAUUCUUCAGUUUUUACUCAACACAUUAAACAUAAAUUCUGACAAAGUUGAGCAUAAUUCUUUUUUGGUGUCUGUAAAAAUGUAAAUACUCCAUAAUAAGAUUUCCUAUUACCUACAAUGCAUUCAAAAAUAUUUUAAAAAUCUAGAGUCAAAUAAUAUUUAUGUACAGGAUUCAUUCUUCUUCUGAUUCAUCUUUAGAUUCUAUUUCUUAUAAUUCUCUUACAAUUCAUUAAUAUUCCUCUCCUGCACUCACACAAACAUUGUACCUUUCUCCACAUAAGUUUUAUAAUAAUUCAGUUAACUUUUUCAUACCAAAAUAAUUAUUAUCAGUUAUUAAAUGUCUGUAAUACAAUAUUAUGUCCUAAUAUGGUAAUUCUUUCGAUGAAUAACAAUACGUUUUAUUGUUUUUAAGUAUACCAUUUAUACAAGAUCAAGAUGUUUGUUCUAUUCUCAUUAAAUAUUUUAAGAAUACCAUGAAUCUUAAUAUAUUAAAAUCUUAUUACCUUUAUAGCCUUUUUUAUAUUUAUUUAUUAUAUUGAAAGCAUGCUAAAACAAUAUACCUAUAUUAUUUUUAUUUUUAGAAUAAUCUAUUUAAAUAAUUAUUAUGAUUAAUGAAUAUAUUAUGUAUUUAAUUUAUAAAACAAAUUUACCUGAUAGUUAUGGUUGAUCCUUUCUCUGUACUCAAAGGAUUCCACCGCAGUAUGUUUUGUUUUAUGUAUGGUCAUGGACUUUUUCCAGUAACACAUCAAAAUAUGUAAUCGACGUCACUAAUAGAUGAUAAUUUUUCCAGAUAUAGUCUUAUAUUAUUAGAAAAUUAAAAUCAUUAUUCAUUGGGUGAACUAAGUGUUUCUAAAUAGCCGUUGCA